GUGAAGUUACGAAUGAUGUGAAGUUACGAAUGAUGUGAAGUUACGAAUGACGUGAAGUUACGAAUGAUGUGAAGUUACGAAUGAUCUGAAGUUACGAAUGAUGUGAAGUUACGAAUGAUGUGAAGUUACGAAUGAUGUGAAGUUACGAUGGAUCUGAAGUUACGAAUGAUGUGAAGUUACGAAUGAUGUGAAGUUACGAAUGAUGUGAAGUUACGAAUGAUGUGAAGUUACGAAUGAUGUGAAGUUACGAAUGAUGUGAAGUUACGAAUGAUCUGAAGUUACGAAUGAUCUGAAGUUACGAAUGAUCUGAAGUUACGAAUGAUCCGAUAAACCUAACAAAAAAAACAACAACAACGAAACGAAAAUGAAACUAAACCAAUUUUUCGGUAGUGCACAUGUCUACAAGCGUCUGUGAUUCCAGCUUCAUAUUGCUCCUCCUUUCUUCUCAAGCUCUCCCAGGAUUGGCUGCUCCACAUCUUAGCAGAAUUGGGCAUGCCGAAGUCAUGUGGUGUCUUUCCUGAGUUUUGACUGGCUGGUAUUCAUCAGGGGGGUGUUAUCCAAGAGAUCAGCAGAAGCUUGGCAUGACAGAGGAGGAAAUACACGGUGCAGCUCCCAGAACGGCGACUACACCGACAACUGAACCCGGGAGGGUGCAUGGAGUCAGAGCUGGGCAGAGGAGGAGGAGGAGGUGCAGUGUGUUCUGAAAAUUGUAAUAACCUUACGAAAGAUUGUGACUCGCCUGACUGGAAUAUCGAGAUUGCCGCUGUAUGUUGGAGACCUGGAAGGUUCCUUACGCUGAAACGUUUUUGGAAAAUUGAAACGAUUUUAACUUUUCUGUACGUGAUUUAUCUUUUUGGAAUAUUAGCCUUUUGAAAAGAGAAACUUUGGUUCAUCCUUGCUCAAAUUGAUCCUCAUCCUAUGGAAAAAGAACCAUUAUUUUUUUACAACCAAAACUACAAUCUUUUACAAACUGACACACAUCUAAUUGCAUUGUAACAAAUUGCUUAUACUAGCAAAGAUUUCGUUAUGCCUUCUUGUAUUGUUAAAAAAUGUACUUCUCAUUGGAAAAGGAAAGAGAGAAAUGUAAUUUUCCACGUCUUUCCCAACGACAAAGAACGUAUAAAGCAAUGGCUUAUGAGGACCGGUCAGUUCGAUGAUAGUAAUAUAGCGGCGACCGUUGAGAAAGUAUGGCUAGGUAAACCUAACGAUUCAUAUAGAAUAUGUUCUAAGCAUUUCGCAGCAGACAUGUACCAAGAUGUAUGUGGAAAAAUGAAACUAAAAAAAAAAGAAGCCUACCCCAGUAUAUUUCCUACAGAUGGCGCCAGCGCUGAUGUUGAGGAUGACGAGAGAAGAAUAAAGAGACUUUGUACUGAACAGAACAGAGAUACUUCAUUAAAUGUGAUUGAUCAAACCGCAUGCGAUGACAGUAAUGCAAAUGAAACUCUCUUGUUUCCUUCAAGCAUGCAAACCGAGAAUACAUCCGUAUUUAGUGCCGGCGAAGCUAUAUCAGAAUUCUCAAGUAUUCCAGAAACUCCCCAUUUUGACCUUACUACCUCUGAAAGUUAUGUCCAGUCAAGGAAAAGACUAACCUGGUCUAAGGGCGUCAUGACCGAUUUUAGUAUGCAUUCUAAGAAUAAGAAAAUUGGAACAUUACCGUUCUUUGGUUGUAAAAAUAAAAAAAUACAGCAUUGUCCAGAGACACGAGAUGUUGGCAUACAGUGUGAUUUAUCCAGCUCUUCGAAAAAAAGAAAAAAAGGUUUAUCACGAGUGAAACUGAUAAACGGCACUUCUCCAGACGAAGAAAAUGACGACCUCCCAAUUUCAGAUGUAGUGCAACGUGAGACGCCGAUCGUUUUCAGCCAGGGGCCAUCUGUAAAGAGUGAAAUGGACGAUGUUGACCUAUCUUACAAUCCGGCCAAUGAUUCCAACAUUGACAAUGAGCAAAGCGACUUGGGCGCUCCACGUGAAGAUCAGUUUUACAGCCUUGAGAAGUCAAAAUUAACAUCUGCAGUUUCCGGUUCUGGAUUUGCAAAGGAAAGAAAGUUUUUAGUUUUCGAAAGCUGUCUGGAUAAUCUUUUGGCCAUGGUGCACUGCAAGUACGGGGAUUGCAAUGCCUCCAUUUCAAAAGUAAAAAAAAAACUGUGCGGUUCUUGCCUGUCCGUUUAUGCCAUUUGUAAAGAAGGUCAUCGCUUUCUACUUUGGCAAAGUCAGCCUAAUAUAGGAAACCGUCCAGUAGGCGAUGUUUUAAUCGCAAGUUCAACUCUAUGCAGCGGAUCCAAUUUCCUGACAAUAGAAAGUUUUCUUCGGCUACUAGGGAUGACGUCCAUUAGCAAAACCACAUAUUACGAAUAUCAGAAAAACUACUUAUUCCCUGCGAUCGAUUACCAUUGGCAAUUAGAUCAAAACAAUACAAUAUCCCAACUAUCUGGCCAUGCAGUCUGUUUAUCGGGAGACCGACAAUGUGAUAGCCCUGGUUCCAACGCCAAAUAUUGCACCUAUUCUUUUGUGGAGGCAAAAACCCAAAAAAUAGUUGGCUUUGCUGUGGAACAACGAACACCGAGUUCCAGUUUCAUUGCUUUGGAGGGCAAAGCCUUUGUGAAGGCGCUAGAUGAGCUGCAAGACAGAGGGCUCAAUGUCCGCAUUAUUUGCACAGACAGGAAUGUUACUAUUAGAAAACUACUACAAGAAAAAUACUCCAACAUUCUACAUCAGUUUGACGUCGGGCGUAUGGCGAAAUCGGUAGGGGCAAAGCUUAGAGCCGCUAGUAAAAAAAAAAGAUGUUCUGAGUUGGCGCCAUGGAUUCCAUCCAUAAAAAAACAUUUACGGUGGGCAUCAGCUAACUGUGAGCGCAACGCUCUAAAAUUAAAAGAACAGUGGUGUUCGGUAUUAUAUCACGUGAUCAAUGUGCAUCAAUGGCGUGGAUGUGAACACUACAAAGAAUGCAAGCAUUCUUCCAUUAGAGAAAAAUCCAAUAUAACAAGGAAAUGGUUGAGAGAAGGAUCAUGUGCCUACAAAGAGCUGAAAGACAUCAUUCUAAGAAAGACUUGGCUUAGAGAUAUCGAAAGACUUACUUUAUUUUGCCACACGGGGAAUCUAGAAAUAUUCCAUAGCACGGCAUUAAAAUACAAGCCGAAAAGCAAUCAUUUUUUUAUGGACGCUAUGGUCGCAAGGACACAGCUGUCUAUCCUUGAGCACAAUUCAAAUUUACAGGAUACUAGUUUAGACCAAAGCAACAGGGACCGAACCAAAAGUGAAGGUUACAGCAGUACGGCGAGAGGUCAAUGGGUUUUAAGGGUUGUAUAUGAAGCACGUCGUCAAGACUUUGUGUACGGCAUAUACAACCAUAUCUUUUCUGCUCUCCGAGGUCAACUUUAGUUUUGGUGGGCUUCACUAAGUCAUCAUUAUCCCAAAAAUAUGGCCCCUGUUGACAAACCAUCGUUGUCAUUACAAAAGCUAUGACGUCAUUCCAGAAGGUUGAAAAUGGAUUAGUUAUUCAUGGGCAAUGCUGUUUCUUACCUAAAAAUUUAAGGCUUUAUAUUCCUUUAUAAGCAGGGCUUUUUUUCAGCGGGAACGUGGGGGGGGGACGCAGUUCCGGCACCUCCAGCACUGAAUAUAUGUAAUAUCAAGAGGCGCUUUGGGUCUUCUGGAGGUUCUAUUGAUGCUGGCUGCUGGGGAAUCGAAUGUUGCUGGAGGGGAUCUAUUUUUGC